AUGCCAUUGCCAAAAUGCCCUCAAUGAAGCUGCGGCUGCCAUCGAAUCGGACGCUGGGCAACAUUUGUGUAUAUGGCGCCAUUGUGUCCAUUUCGGCUGUGAUGUUCAUGCGCUGGAAGCUGGAAGACCGCGUACGAUCGACAGAUUACUACAAAUUGGCCCUUCAGACACUGCGACAGCACAAGGGGGCUGUUGGAUUGCUGGGUGAACCUAUUAAAGAUUCGGGUUUUGACUUGUCCAAUGUGAAUAACACGUGUGACGCGGACAAGGCCCAAUUCGAAAUUUCAGUACGUGGCCCAAAGGAUAAAGGCACCGUUUUCUUCUGGGCGACAAACAAUCGGGAAAAGGGCUGGCUCAUAGAUCGAUUGGAGCUGGAGGCUAAACUGCAUCCCAACAAGAGAUUUUUGCUCAAGAAACCGGAUGAAUAUACCAAGCUCGAGAGUCAAAACCAGGAGAUGCCAGAGGAUCAAUGUCAACAGAAGCCAACCGAAUUACCUGCCGGCGAGCCCCAUUACGAACGGCAAACGUAUCCUCAACCACAGCCCCUCCAUCAAACGGAGGAGCCAACGCCGUAUGUCCAGACCGCAGAUGGAGGCCGCAUGCGAUAAACAACGCUUGGCAUUUAUUUAAAUUUGUCUAUUCAAGCAUUCUUAAACUUGUAAUAAUACAAUUUUAGUAUACAAAUAUUAAAAAAA